CUGGCGGCCUAGUUAUGAAGAACUACAGCUGCUAACUAAAAGGUCUGCAGUUCAAAUCCACCAGGUGCUCCUUGGAAACCCUAUGGGGCAGUUCUACUCUGUCCUAUAGUGCUGCUACGAGUCGGAAUAGACUCAACGGCAACGGGUUUGGUUAUUCACAUCAUCCUUUGAAUUAGAGGAAGACAAAUACUAAAAAGCUGACAAAGAACUAAAAGAAACUUAAUUCGUAGAUUUACAAUAGAGGGACUCUGUGAAGUUAAUUAAGCGAGACAUUCUUUGUAAAAAAUAAAAACAAUACAGAAAAUUUUAGGUGGAGUUUAGAUGUCAUGAAGGUUUUCCCCUAAAAGUUAAAGUAUCCUACAGUAAAAGGGAUGUUUAUGGAUUAGGGAAGCCUACCUCCUUGAGGAGAUUUGAGGUAUGGCACUUAGCCCAGAUGCUGUUUAGAUCAGAGGUUAUAAAGAAGUUUUGCACCUGAAAAGGAAGGAAGAGGAAAACAAUAAGGAGUUGAUGAGGAUGAUGGAAACAAUAAUAAUAAAACCAACAAUAAUGACAACAACACCUAAAGCCCUAUGUCAUUAUCGAAGUCCCCAAAUUGUCUUGGGUCCCAAAGUCACUGUCUCCUUGGUUUUCUACAAACGGAGCACUGGCUGGCUGGGUUCUUGUUGGUCUUCCUCUUUGUUGUUUCCUGGUUCAAUGCCAAAUUGAUCUUGUGACCCCUUCCUGGGAAGGAUUAAGGCAACUACUGGGAGAAUAAAUAGAGGAGUUCUGGGUGUUCACUGCCAAAGUGAGUUCUUGACUGCUGUACAUAAGGCUGAACGGCCAGCAACAGCCACAUCAACCAUGAGGCUGGUGACGGUCCUCAUGCUGGUUGCUCUCCCCCUUUAUUGCUAUGCAGGUUCUGGGUGCCAGCUUCUUGAGGAUGGGAUUGAAAUGCUAAUCAAUCCUGAAGUGUCAGAAGCUGAACUCCAAGAAGCUCUUGAAGAGUUCACAUUGGGGGAUGAUGCUUCUAAAGAAGCCAUAGAUGAAUUUAAGCAAUGUUUUCUCAAGCAGACCAAGGAAAACGCAGACAAAAUCAGAAUGAUGAUGGUAAUUUCUGUUUCUUCCUUGUGCUUUUUAAAAGCACUGACAAGGGACACGCAGACUCUAAUUUUGUCUCUAAUCAGAGCAACUGGUGAACUGAAGUUUUUAUAUCUGUUGAUUUAA